CUUUUACGGUUGUCAACAACAACAAUAAUCUCACUUGUCUCCCGUUUAUCUUUUUACACAAACUACAAAGUUUUAGUUAUUAUUCACAAUUGACAGCUCGUUAUUGUAGUUGUUAGUAAAGAAAAGAAAAGAUUGUGCCAAAAAAGAAAAAGAAAAGGAAAGCUCGUUAUUGUUAGGUCUCUUUAACAUACUUUUAUCUUAAUAAUUAAGUGUAUGAAACUUGUCAACGACCCCCAUUGUUUACAUUCCACAUUUUUUGGUUUUUGAUUUUUUAAAACGAGUAUAUCAACUGCCACUUAAAAGAACUUAUUAUAAAUAUUCACAAAGCAAUACAAAAGAAUAGUAUAUAUAAAAUGACCCCGUCUAACUCGUGAUUCAUGCACAGCCAUUGACAAGCAAGAAAGAACUUCUAACACAAAGAAAGACCAUGGACCAGCCUCAUGCGCUUCUAGUCGCUAGCCCCGGCUUAGGCCACCUGAUCCCUAUGCUCGAACUAUGCAACCGUCUCUCCUCCUUCCUCAAGAUUCACGUCACCAUUCUCGCCGUAACCUCCGGUUCCUCCCUGGCAGAAACCGAAGCCAUACGUGCAGCCGUGGCGAGAGGGAGGUGUGAAGUUAGGGAAGUACCCUCAAUUGAUAUAGACCACUCCCCAGAUGCGACGGUACCUACUAAAAUCAUAGAGACGAUGCGAGCCACAAAGACAAAGACGACGGUUCAAGACGCCGUGAAAUCAUUGAACCGGAAACCGAAGGUCAUGAUCGUUGACUUUUUUGGAACCGGAUUGAUGUCCGUUGCCGAUGAUAUUGGCGUGAAGGCUACGUACGUGUACGUCCCUUCUCACGCGUGGUUCUUAGCGGUGGUAGUGUACUUGCCGGUAUUGGAUAAAGUCGUGGAAGGGGAAUAUAUUGAUAGCAAAGAGCCUAUGAAAAUACCGGGUUGCAGACCGGUCGGACCGGACGAGCUCAUGGAAACAAUGUUAGACCGGUCGGACCAACAGUACCGAGAGUGUCUGCGGAGUGGCGAGGAGGUACCUAUGAGCCAUGGCGUUUUGGUAAAUACUUGGGAGGAGUUACAAGGAAACACUCUAACUGCGCUUAUUGAGGAUGGAGAAUUAAGCCGGGUUAUGAAAGCGCCGGUUUACGGUAUUGGGCCUAUUGUUAGGUCUAGUGGGCCUACUGAGAAGGCUAAUAGCAUAUUCGAGUGGUUAGACAAGCAACCGGAUAAGUCAGUGGUGUUUGUGUGUCUAGGGAGUGGUGGUACACUGUCCUUAGAGCAAACCAUCGAACUCGCUUAUGGUUUAGAGUUAAGUGGUCAAAGUUUCCUAUGGGUUCUUCGUAGGCCCACUUCUUACCUCGGGGCGAGCUCGAGUGAUGACUAUCAGGUAAGAGUCGGUCUACCAGAAGGUUUCUUGGACCGCACGCGUGGUGUCGGUCUUGUUGUCACGCAAUGGGCACCACAAGUUGAGAUCUUGAGCCAUGGAUCGAUCGGUGGGUUCUUGUCUCAUUGUGGGUGGAGCUCCGUUUUAGAAAGCUUGACUAAAGGAGUUCCAAUCGUGGCUUGGCCUCUUUAUGCGGAGCAAUGGAUGAAUGCCACGUUGUUAACUGAGGACAUCGGUGUGGCCGUUCGUACGUCGGAGUUACCAUCAAAGAGAGUGAUUGGCCGGGAAGAAGUGGCGACUUUGGUGAGAAAGAUUAUGGUGGAAGAGGAUGAAGAAGGACAGAAGAUAAGGACUAAAGCUGAGGAGGUGAGAGCUAGCUCCGAGCGAGCUUGGGCUCAAGGUGGGUCUUCUUAUCGUUCUCUCUUCGAAUGGGCAAAACAAUGUCGUCUUGCGUCGUGAUUGGAAAAUAAUAUAAUGUUUUUAUCGUAAUUGUUGUUGUUUUUUCUAAUAUAAUGUUUUUGUUGUAAUUGUUGUUGUUGUUUUCUUUGUUGCUGUUUUUUAUGUAGAGUAUUGUUUUUGUUCGGAA